CUAUUCGCCAGCAAAAUGGCGUCAUCGAAGGAAACCUAUUGUUUGUGUGGUCAACCAUAUAAUAUCGGACAAUUUAUGAUAGAAUGUGAUUGCUGUCGUGAAUGGUUUCAUGGCAGUUGCGUUGAUGUAAAGAUAUACCAUUCAGAUGAUAUAGAUAAAUAUCACUGUCCAAAAUGUGCUCAAACAUAUGGCCCAUCAGUGCUAAAAAUUCCUACAAAUAAUCACCGUGCUGAUCGGUAUGAGCUAGGAGCUGAAACUAGACCGUCACAAGUAGGUACACCAGCAUGGGUUCGGGCAUUAGCUGCAAGGCCUCUCAGGCCAGCUCCAACAGCUUUACAAAGAAUGAGAGGUCAAUACUUCACAGAAGAGUUUGUCAGAGACGAUGGUUUCAACCGACCUAUCAUAUUUCAUACAACAGAAGGUCUAGAUAUGAAGAUGCCAAAUCCAGGAACGUUUACUGUGAGAUCUGUUUUGAGAUACUGUGGAGCACAGUUGGAGGUGGAGGUAAUAGAUGUCCGCAAACAGUCCACAUUAAGGAUGCCGCUGGGUGAUUUUGUGGAUUACUUUGAGACACCACCAGAGCAUAGGGAUGAGAAAGUGCUCAAUGUGCUUAGCCUCGAGUUCUCAGACACAAAUAUGUGCAGCGUGGUGGAGCCGCCGGGCGUUAUCCGUCGCCUGGAUUGGGCGGAGCGCGCGUGGCCGGCAGCGAGCGGACGGCCACGUCCCGCCGUGCAGAAAUACUGCCUCAUGUCGCCCGCCGCCGCUUACACUGACUUCCACGUCGAUUUCGGCGGCACCACUGUCUGGUACCACGUGCUGCACGGACGGAAGAUAUUUUACCUAGUGCCGCCGACUGCGACAAAUUUGGCAUUAUAUCAGCAAUGGAGUGCGUCUAACAAUCAGAAUGAGCGCUUCUUUGGGGAUAUGGUGGAAUGGUAUGGUACUGCAGAGCUUUGUGCAGGUCAGACGUUGUUUAUACCAAGUGGUUGGAUCCAUGCAGUUCUUACGCCCUGCGAUUCUCUGGUGUUCGGUGGGAAUCUCCUUCAUUCGUACGCCAUUGAAAUGCAGUUACAAAUUUAUGAGAUAGAACGUCGUGUGGAGACUCCAAUAAUGUUCCGCUAUCCCCUGUUUGAGGCUAUGCAUUGGUAUGCAGGAGCACAUCUACUGACAAUGUUACGUCGACAUAAUGAGGAGACACAGGAUGAAGACUUCACCAUCAACGAGAGUUGUGUAUCAAUGCCGCCUGCUCAGUUGCCGCAAUUGCUACUGAGGGGCAUCAAGAUAUUAUCCAACGCACUUAAAGAGUGGCACGCACUCAAAAGUACGGACGCAGGGAAGAGAGACAAUGUCCCGAAAUGUCUCAACUCGGGUCAACUAGUUCGAGAAUUGUGCAAGGAAUUACGAACCUUGGAGAAGAGAUCGGCCAGCGCUGCUAACAAAGAUAAGGACAUAAAAAUCAAAAGUACAUCACCUACGAAGUCACACUCAAAGAAAUCUCAGAACACAAAGAAAUCAUUGAAACUGACACUCCCAAAACCAAUAAUGCACAUGGCACAGAACGGAGAAUUUGUUGAAGAGAAGGUUUACGCAGACAAGUUUUACAUAGACAAUAAAGAAAUAGUCUAUAAUGAAACCAGGUAUAUGACGCAGGACAUUAAAUAUCCGAACGGUAUUCCCGAGGCGAAGUAUGUUACGGACAACAAAGAGAUGAUGAUCACAGACAAGUAUCCAUAUCCGAAUUAUGAGGAGCAAAUUUACGACAACGGUUACCUCGAUAGACAAGAUAAGAAAACUGUACUCAAGAUAAAAAUGAAUAACUCCCCAUCAUCAUCACGUGAAGAACCUCCUCCGUAUAACGUGGAGCAUUCGAUAUUGAAGUCUCACUUGAUCAGAGCGGACAGGCCGGCACUCAAACCGAUCCACCAGUGGACCAUAUCCAAGAAGGACACAGGAGACUACCAUGAAGAACAGAUAUUGUUCACAAACGAGAACCUACACACCAGCAUGAGGAUCGAUAACCCACAGAUCACAUAUGGACCUGGAAUGUACUCGGCGGAAGAUAUUCAGCCAGACUACCAGUACUCUGAGGCGGCCAAACCUGGAUCCUACCAACCAGAGUACGGCUACCAACCUGAAUAUGUAGAUACAUACCAGCGGUACGAUGAGCCGCAGAUGCAGACAGUACACCAGGGCGCUAGUUAUAGUAACGUGAGCGUGAGUGAGCCCGCGGUGGCGGCUGUCGACAGUUACCACGAACAGAGUCGCCUGCCGUCGUACGACGCCGCCAUCGCGCAGUACGCACCCGCCUCUGCUGAUUACACAACAGAAGAGCCGAAAGCCGUCCGUCGGUCUGAACGUCCGGUCAGAAGACGAGUAUCCAACACUUAUGACUACGAGGAUGGAGAUUUGUAUAUAGACGAUACUCCAGCACCGCGUAGAAGGAAACAACCCAAACACAAACAUUAUAGGACACCAACAGGGUCAAGUAGUAGUAACUAUCGUCAGAAUGCAUCUCGGCCGGCGCCCGCCAACGGGAUCGAGUCCCUGAUACAGGCGUCCGUUAUAGCGGAGGGAGAACAGCCCGUUGAUGACACUACUGAGGACGUAGCGGUGGCGGGCAUGUUGAGCAUCAGCGAGCGUUACUCUGCGCCUGUCACCUUCGGUCUGGCGGCAGAUGUAUCUACCAGCUCGCCACAACACAGCAGUAAUACGGCGUCCAGCAGUAAGCGGACGCGGAAGCCCGCUGCGGUGAGCAGUGCCGAUGAAGAUUUCGCUGAUGAAGAAGACGUUAUCAAGGAAGUACAUCGUGACGAGGAGUACGUAUACCCAUCACUAGAGAUGAGUUCUGAUGAAGACGAGGAGUGGACAUCAUCACGACGGCGGCGUACCUCAAGGAACAGGGUCGAUAGCAAAUCUAAAGGAGAUAAGGACGAGUGUUGGUCACCUCGCGCGCGCGUGGGUCGCGUGACGCCGCGGUCCCGCGGUCCCGCCAGACCCAACGUGCGGCGGGAGUGUGUCCGCGCCGCGCUGCAUCACGCCGCGCACGCUCCGCACGCCACGCACGCGACACUCGCCCCACACGACAACACACAGAAUGCCAAACGGGCGGUUAUAGCAACAAAAAGCAAGCGGCCACCGCCACCUGUACAAAAUACGCCAAAUAACAAAAAUCUAAGACUGAAAAAGGGUAUGAAGACAGCUAAACAGCGUCUAGGUAAAAUCCUUAAAAUACACAAGAUGAUACUUUAA